UCUCCUUGUUCGAAUUUGAUCCCUCUCCUAAAAUCUUCAACACAAAAAUAAACCAUAAAACAUCAUCGUAUACAUCACCUCGUAACCGUCAAAAACAAAACACAUUUAGUAACACUAAUUCAGACAAGUUCCGUUGUCCCACUAACUCGCCUGAGUCAACUCGCUCCUCCCCCAAUUCGUUAUGCUAACUCGCUGCCUCGGCGCCCGGCGGCUCCGUCAGAUCCGCCGCGCCUUCCGCCACGGCGCCGUCACGUUCCUCUGCUUAUUCCUCACCGUCAUCGUCCUCCGCGGCACCAUUGGCGCCGGCAAGUUUGGAACCCCUCAACAAGACUUCGACAAUCUCCGUCACCACCUCAACUCUCACCGCCGCGUCCUCGAAGAACAACACUCAGAAAAAACCACCACCACCACCAACAACUACGCCACCUUCGAUAUCUCCACGAUCCUCGUCGACGAGCCACCCAGCAAGGACGAAAUAACCCGCGAUCCAAAGGCGCCAUACACAUUAGGUCCCAGAAUCACCAAUUGGGACCAACAGCGCAAAAGGUGGCUCCAACAGAACCCUAAUUUCCCAAAUUUUAUCGCUCCGAACAAACCUCGCGUCCUUCUCGUAACAGGUUCGUCUCCAAAACCGUGCGAGAAUCCCGUCGGUGACCACUACCUUCUGAAAUCCAUUAAGAACAAAAUCGAUUAUUGCAGGCUCCACGGGAUCGAAAUCUUCUACAACAUGGCGCUAUUUGAUGCAGAAAUGGCAGGGUUUUGGGCCAAGCUUCCGUUGAUUCGGAAGCUGCUCUUGUCGCACCCUGAGGUCGAGUUUCUAUGGUGGAUGGAUAGUGACGCCAUGUUCACGGAUAUGGCGUUCGAGGUUCCGUGGGAGAGGUACAAAGAUCACAACUUUGUGAUGCAUGGUUGGAAUGAGAUGGUGUAUGAUGAGAAAAAUUGGAUUGGGUUGAACACUGGUAGUUUCCUUCUAAGGAAUUGUCAAUGGUCAUUGGAUAUUCUUGAUUCUUGGGCUCCAAUGGGACCAAAGGGGAAAGUUAGGGAUGAAGCUGGGAAAUUGCUCACUAGGGAGCUCAAGAACAGGCCGGUUUUCGAAGCAGACGAUCAAUCCGCAAUGGUGUAUCUACUUGCAACUGAGAGGGAUAAAUGGGGUGACAAAGUGUACCUUGAGAAUGGUUACUACUUGCAUGGCUAUUGGGGAAUUCUUGUGGAUCGUUAUGAAGAGAUGAUUGAGAAUUAUCACCCUGGUCUUGGUGAUCAUAGGUGGCCACUUGUGACACAUUUUGUUGGGUGCAAGCCUUGUGGUAAGUUUGGAGAUUACCCUGUUGAGAGGUGUUUGAGGCAGAUGGACCGUGCAUACAAUUUUGGUGAUAAUCAGAUUCUGCAGAUGUAUGGUUUCACUCAUAAGGCUCUUGCAAGUAAGAGGGUGAAGAGAGUGAGGAAUGAGAGUAGUAAUCCACUUGAUGUUAAAGAUGAGCUUGGUUUGCUUCAUCCUGCUUUCAAGGCUAUCAGGCUAUCAGGAAUGUUAAUCCAGUGAAUCCAAUCUAGUAAUGGAAUGAUAUUGACAAUUUGGCAUUGAACUGAAGAACUAUCUUAUGAAUACUUGAAUAGGUUUGGCUGUGAAGAAAAAUCUUAAGGAGGCAUUGAAUCCGAAUAUUAAGUAGAGAAAGGUGACGCACUUUUUCAUAAUAUUAUUUUUAAGUUCAUCGCUCUGCUGUUUUCAUUUGUAACGUAAUGGUAAUUAUAGUGCAACAUAACUAGUCAAUUAAGGCUUCAAAGAGACUUCAUAUCAGAAAGAUGUUCAACUACUUUAAGGAAAGAUGAUGUGUACUUUAAGCAUACUUCAGGAAUGGUAGCUACACACCAUGAUAAAGAGAUUUCAGAUUUUAUUUUUGAAGAGAGUUUAAGUGGGAACUAUAAAUCGAUUACAUUUGAUAUUUUACUUUGGGGUUUGGAUUUGUGGCAUUGGCUGGUAUUAAGGCUUAUAGUAUUAGCUAGUUUACGAUUUUCAAAGAAAGAAAGAGGAUAAAGGGCAGGCACCCGCCGGCCCGCUCCGCCAAUGCCUGCGGGCCAAGUAUUGCGAGUUUGACGACCUUUUGUGGUGAGUUAAACAGUCCAAUUCUAACCAACUUGAGUUAGUCGAGUGAUCAGCUUACUCGUCCGCUUAAGCAAGUGUCGGGGUUUAAAUCCUGCCUUAUGCAUGUAGCAACUUAAUGGUGUUUGCCACUUCUAGUCUGCACUGUCGCUUCCUCGUUUGCUAUCACAUUUUAUCUGGUGGCCUGCACAUCCUGCAUCCACUUCCAUUGACUCAAUCUUUUCUGUUUACUCUCAACUUCGUUUCU